UGCUAAUCUGGGAUAACCUUUAUUUUUUGACGACUGUGUUGAGAAAUCUUAGUCUCAGUGUGGUCUUUUUGUGGGAAUGGACACUGAAAAUUCAUAUUCGUCGAUGUACGGUGAGAAGCCAGCGAUGCAAAGAAUUCGCUUGCUGGCAUCGGUGAUCCCGGCCUCCGCCAGAAGUUUGAUCCGGGUCGGGCGAUUACAUGCGUCCGCCACCUCCGCAAUGUGCCAAGGUUUCAAACAAGCCAACAUUGUGAUAGUGGACAGGAAGUUCGCCAAUGACUUUGAGAAGUUUUGCUUGGCAAAUUAUGGGGCACUGCCCUUGCUAUACAGAAGCAAGCCUGGUGAGUGGGGAGCACCACCACUCAGCUCCAAAUCUGACAUAAGGACCGAUUGUCUACAGUACAGGAAGUAUGAGGAAGGAAUCUUCACUGGCAGUUUGAAGACCCUCAUGGAAUACACCGAAAAGCUGAAGGAGAUGGUCACCUUUUACAUGGGAUGCAGCUAUUCCUUUGAGAAUGCAAUACUCGAGGCCGGUAUUCCAAUCCGUAAUGUUGAACAAGGGUGCAAUGUCAGCAUGUACAGGACAAACAUCCCGUGUGCCAGGGUCGGUGGUUUCCAGUGUAAUACGGUGGUGUCGAUGCGACCCAUUCCUGUUGACAAGCUUGAUGCAGUUGUGCAAAUAACCCAUCCCAUGGCAGAUGCUCACGGUGCACCUAUACACAUUGGCCAUCCAGGAUUAAUCGGAAUUGACGAUUUGUCCACGCCGGACUUUGGGGAUGCGGUUGAAGCUUGUCCUGGCGAUGUCCCCGUCUUCUGGGCCUGUGGGUUUACAGGAGCAGAAGCCAUCAGCAGCUUAAAAUCCCCACUGGCUUUCACUCAUGCUCCCGGCUGCAUGUUCCUGACUGACCUGAGGAGUGAGAGGAAGGUGGCUAGUGAUAGUGGCGGCAGUGUUGAAGCCCCUCAGGUCUUCUGCAUCUCUGAGAACCCGCCCCAUUACAGUGUGGCCUCCCUCACUGCAGUGGAGAAAAUCAGGGCCCUGGAUAGACUGAUACAGCAAGAUCCAGCUGACCGAAGGAUCAAGCAUUUGUUAAUCAAAGACCAGCUACUGAAAGCCUCCCUCUCGUUGUCUCACGCAAAGUCUGUGCUCAUAACCACUGGAUUUCCAACCCACUUUAAUCAGCAGCCCCCAGAGGAGACGGACGGUCCUCCAGGAGCCAUUGCCAUGGCAGCCAUGCUGAAGGCCCAGAAGAAGAGCGUCGUCAUAGUAACAGAUCAAAGAGCCUUAGAGAUGAACAAGAAGAUCAUUGAAGAGGCUGUUGAAGAAGGAGUAAUAAAAGCUCCUGUGCCUGUUGUUAGCUACCAGGAUGAUGGCGAGGAUUCACCCCUGCUGUUCCUCUGCUAUGAUGGCAACCCCCAGUUUCCAAGGUUUGACCAUCUUAUAGCCAUAGAGCGUGCAGGUAUGGCCGCAGAUGGUAAUUACUACAAUGUAAGGAAAGUGAAUAUCAAGCACUUGGUGGAUCCCAUUGACAAACUGUUCCUGACAGCAGAAAACAUCCCCGGAAUCGUCACAACCGGUAUCGGUGAUGGAGGGAACGAACUGGGAAUGGGAAAGGUGAAAGAGGCCGUCAAAAGAUGCAUUCCCAAUGGGGACCUGAUAGCUUGUGACGUCAGUGCGGACUUUACAGUCGUUGCAGGUGUGUCAAACUGGGCUGGCUAUGCAAUAGCCUGUGCCCUGCACAUCCUCAGCAACUGUACGAUCCACGAGCGCUACCUACGCAAGGCGGUUGGGUUUCCCAAGACGUCAGAAGUGGACGGAUACACUGCAGCGCUGCCUACUGUCCUCAAGGAAGAAAAACUGCUGGCGUUGCUGGUGAAACACGGAAUUCGGAGUGGGAAAACUGGGAAUCUGGGAAUGGAAGUAGAUGGCUUGCUAUUCCAUGAUGUGCAUUCAUCUAUGAUCAAGCAGUUACUGGAGAUCACCCUUGGGAAAAACGAAUGAAAUUAGCAAGAAAGGGACUCAUCCAAUCCAGCCGGCCUUGAAUAGAGUGUCCUAGCCAAUGUUAUGUUAACUGAUCAGCGUAAUGUUGAAAGUGUUUUAGAUUUUGAUGCACUGUUUCCUUUGAUUUAAGUCAUAUUUUCAUGCCACUAUUGUGGCACUGUUUUCUCAUUAAUGCAACACUUUUUCCCCACUACCAGGUUAUUUCAGAUUCAGAUGCGUUUAUUGUCACAUGCACCAGUGUACGAUGAAAUUCCUUGCUCACGUGAAGCUCACAGAGUACACAGUAUGCAUUGGUAAUAAUAAAUACAACAAUAGAUACAGUGAUGAACACAAAACAGGAUGAUGCAAAGUACGGUAGUGCAAACAGAAGUAGUGCAAGAAGAGAUGCUAAACCUAGAACACUACAGCACGGUGCAGGCCCUUCAGUCCACAAUGUUGUGCCGACAUUUUAUCCUGCUCUAAGAUCUAUCUAACCCUUCCCUCCCACAUAGCUCCCUAUUUUUCUAUCAUUCAUGUGUCUAUCUAAGAGUCUCUUAAAUGUCCUUAAUGCAUCUGCCUCACAACCUCUGCCGGCAGUGCGUUCCACGCACCCACCACUCUCUGUGUAAAAAAAACUUCCCCCUUAUACCUUCCUCCAAUCACCUUAAAAUUAUGUCCCCUCGUGUUAGCCAUUGUCGCCCUGGGAAGAAGUCUCUGACUGUCCACUUGAUCUAUGCCUCUUAUCAUCUUGUACACCUCUAUCAAAUCUAAAGUGUCGAUAACAGAAUAACCGAGAGGGAGAGGUGAACUCAAGAGUCUGAGAACAUGGCAGCGCCACUGGGAAGGGAACGCUAAAGAGAUGAUUGGCUCAGAAGUCUGAUAGCGAUGGGGAAGAAGUUCAGUGUUUAUGUUGAUCAUUUCUUAACUGUUCUUUUGGUAACUGUUCUCAAUAUUGAUUGGAUUUUCAUUUUGCCUCACAGGACUGACAUUUUUAAUAAAGGUUUGAUCAAAGGAUAAA